CAACUACCUGUACGCGGUACGUUUGAAGUUUGCGUUACGAUAACACUAUCUAAUAUAUAUUGAUUGUAUAUCGUUGAGUCCUAGUUUAUAACUCAUACAUAGCUUUAGAAUUCAUACUUUAAGCAAUAUGGGUCGACUGUCAAAAAAACGAGCACGGAAAAGUCCUAACUCUUCAGAUAUUAACAAUUCUGUUAUUACCUAUUCUUCUUGCUCCGCUACUCCUUUUCUAUCUGAUAAUGUUGGGACUGGUCUUUCACCACACGUGCUGCUGGACGACUCUGUUUCUAAUUUAGUAAUGGGUUCCACCUCAAGAUCAAAAAGGAUUGAUGAUAUGAAGAGUGAAUUAAACACUCUGUUUAAGCAACUAAGCGACAUGCGUUCUAAAGUCGAGUCACUUUCUAGCUCUUUAUCAAAGCAUGAAGAUCUUAAGCAAGAACUAAAGACACUAUCACCCUUAAAACUGCUUUUGUCAAAAGACAUCGUUCCCGCGGAACUUGAUGACAUUAUAAAAGCAGAAUCUGUUAUCGAUUUUAUCGCUAGUGAAGUUACCAAGCGAAUAGUCUCUCGUAAUAACGUGAUUGUCUAUAAUAUACCUGACAAAGUCUCCAUUAAAACUGUAAGGAAUUCGAUAUUAAAAGCAUCUAACCUUCAAGACAGUCCAUGCCAAUGCAUCCGACUUACUAAGAAGCACCAGAAAUACUCGUGCCCGGUCUUGUUCAGGUUUGAUUCUCAUAUAUUAGCUGAACAGUUAAAAGAAUCUGAGCCGCUGAUAUGCGCGCUUACGAAGUUUAGAAACGCUCGCAUAGUCUCAGAUAAGACCACCAAUCAAAGACUUACGCAAAAGCGUACCGCGAACGAAAAUAUAGAUGUUGAGAUCAUAAAAAAUCACGACGCAUCAGCUGCGGGAUCCACUGAUACUGAUACCCUAUCUCAUGUUCUCCAGUACUCUGAUCUGCCAACGAAGAGUGCUAACUUACCUAUUAUGCCUGUAGUGACAUCUGAUAAGCAAUGUACAUCUACUGAUUACACUAAUCCGAUAGUAUCCAAUUUACCAUUAGAAGCCCAUAAGCAAAUACCUAGUCCUAAUGCGACAGCUCUUAAAAACACUGUCAAGAUUAAAAGGUCUAUGCCACGUAAGAAGAAUGUUUGUACAGAACCUUCUGGUUCUAGACCCAAUAAUAAAAGUAUUACGAUGGCCCCACUCAAUACAAAUAAGACUAAACUACCCGACACCAUGCUUUACCCAACGCAUCGUAGGGGAGGAUAUAAGGGCAGACCUGGUUCAAAUGUCUCACAAGACGGCCACUUCAAUCGUUAUGUAAGUAGGCCUAAUACUGGACAGACCACAGUAAACCAACGAGCCUCACGAGUACCCUCAAACGCUUUAAAUAAUAAACCUGUAAGACGUAACCUCUCUCAACACUUUCCCAUUAGGCAAGAUGGAUUACUAGGUUACCCAACAUCAAACUUUUCAAAUAAUAUACCAGUAACACAUAACUUUUCUCAACACUUUCCGAUUGGGCAAGAUGGAUUACUGGGUUACUCACCAUCAACCCAACCUUGUCUUAACUGUCCGCCUAGUCAAGUUCAACAAAUUAAUCCGCUUUAUAAAAAUAAUGAUUUUUUUGGCCUUCAGAAAUCCCUGGUCCCACUAGCACUACAGUUUGCUCAAGCGAUCGCCCAUGUGAUCAGUCAAACAUAAUAAACCACAGUCUAUGCAAAUCCAAAAUACACGACAUCAAUAGGGAAGCUCUCGGUUUUUUUACACUCCAUACGCCCUUUCUAAAUCUAUUACUUAUCAAUGCACGUUCACUUCUGAACAAAAUUUCAGCCUUGAGAACAUUAGCCUUUCUAUCCAAGCCUUCUUUCAUACUUAUCACUGAAACAUGGUGCUCUCAUGCAGUAUCUGACUCAGAAUUAAAUAUCCAAAACUAUAGACUCUAUCGCUGUGACAGAGAAACUAAGCGAGGAGGUGGUUGUAUUAUAUAUGCUUUGGAUACCCUAACAACUAAUAGAGUUGAAGAUAGUGUCCUGAAUAGUUUACCAGAAUCAGUCUGGAUAUCUGUCAACACCCUGAAUCAUAGUCUACUCCUUGGAUGUAUAUACAGAGCUCCUGAGAGCUCAAAUAAUGGGAAUAAUCUUAUUAUCAAUGCAUUCAUACAUGCAUCUGCUCUAAACUUCAAUGCUAAGGUUAUCACUGGUGAUUUCAAUUAUCCUGGGAUUAACUGGAGUACCGGUAGCUGUCAGUCAUGUAAUGAGGAGUUCUCGGCAACCAUUAACAUGCACUGUUGGUCACAGUGGGUUCGUACCCCAACUAGAGGUGAUAGUAUACUCGAUCUAAUAUUUAGUAGAGAUAUUAUCCCACUGUCUGUAAAGGUAUACGAUGAAUUUGAAAGCAGUGACCAUAAGACAGUAGUAUGCUCUCUCCCUAUAUAUCCCUCUUCUAUCCGACCCAUUCAAAAAACCUGUCAAUAUAGAGACUUUAAGCAUGCCGACUGGGACCUCCUGCAUUCACUGAUUAAACUUUCAGACUGGGAUAACUUUUUUUCAUGUACUAAUCUCAUAGAUACUAUCGACGAGUUCUAUUUGAUCGUUAACUCUUGUUUAGAUUCUUCUGUACCUCUUAAAACGUACAGGUUUAUUAAACCUUACGAAUUAUAUAUACCAGCUAAAUAUCGUAAUAAACUAAGACGCCUACAGAAUCGUUUUUUCAAGUCAAACGACUUCACGGCAGCUGCGCAAACAACAAUAAUUUUUAAUCAAAUUAAAGAGACACAUAGGUUAAAAGCCAUUAAUGAGGAGAUACUAGCACUUAAUAGUAACUCAAAAAUACAAAACUUAACUCUACUUCUCAAUAAACGCGCUAAAGUAACUCAAAAUGUUGAUAUACCAUGCAUCCAGCAUAAUAACACUUUUAUAUACGACUCUAAAACUAAGGCAGACCUUUUCAGUGCUACUUUUGCGAAUGAUGUAGGAACCACAAGUGGCUCUGCUUCAAGAGUUACGUGCGUGACCAGCAACUCCAUAAAAUCUAUCUUCUUCACAUGUAAGAAAAUUAAUAUGGCUAUAAAUGCCCUUAAGCUUUCGCGCGGUCAUGGAGCAGACGGGAUUCCAUCCUUUCUCUACAAAUACGGUGGUCCAGAUAUUCCACUUCUUCUUCUAAAGCUGUUUACUCUCUCUAUGGAAACUGGUUCUUACCCUUACUGUUGGAAAACCGCGUACAUCAUACCACGUUAUAAAUCUGGAGAUAAGACUGACAUGAACAAUUAUCGGCCAAUAAAUAUUACUCCAGUGAUCUCUAGGAUUAUGGAGAAAAUUGUAAGUGAUGAACUUUCCAACUAUUUACUCGCUGGAAACUUUAUCAAUGAUACUCAACAUGGAUUUCUCAAAAAUCGAUCUUGCAUGACAUGUCAUUUCGACUUCUUUAAUUUAGUCUACUCUCUACGUAGCCAAGGAUAUCUAGUCUUAGUGCUAUAUCUGGACAUUUCUAAGGCCUUUGACAUGGUUAACCACCAACUUCUUAUAGGCAAACUUGCAUCUUAUGGGGUUCAAAAUCCUUUGCUAGAUUGGAUUGAAUCAUUUCUCAGCAAUCGACAUCAAAUAGUUAAAAUUAACUCUUCAUUGUCUAACGCUGUCCCCGUUAGAAGUGGUGUAAUACAAGGUAGUGUCCUAGGCCCUUUGCUCUUUUUAGUAUUUAUCAAUGACAUUUGCGAAAAUUUUUGUGUAGGUAAGCCCCUUCUAUAUGCAGAUGAUCUUAAACUAGUAUAUCCAUUUUCUCCACAUGAGCUGGAAAAUGUGCAAACUUGCAUUAACUUGGAGCUUAACAAGGUAGCACAGUGGUGCUUAAAAUGGCAACUGGAACUUAAUACGACUAAAUGUGGAUGGAUAUGCUUCGGCGAUACAUCGCUUAACCUAGACCUUACCAUAAAUGGAGAAAUGUUAACUAGGUUACAUACAGUAGUAGACUUAGGACUUAGAUACUCCCAAGACUUAUCGCUUACAGAACAGAUAUUGAAACAGACCUCCAAGUCACAACGACUAGUAGGUUACAUAAUUCGAAACCUUCAUAACAAUGAAUCACGAAUUUUAAUGUACAAAGUUUGUGUUCGACCUCUUCUAGAAUAUUGCACGUUUAUUCUUAGCAGUGCGCGCAUAAAGGAUAAAUUAAGGCUGGAAUCAGUACAGAGACGAUUUACACUUCGUAUUCUUGGAGCUGAUUGUUCCUUAACUUAUAAUUCUAGAUGUAAAAAACUAGAGCUAGACCCUUUAUGGAAGAGGAGACUCAAACUAAAUCUUAUUUUUUUCUUCAAACUACUUAAUAAAUUAUCCUUUACAUCCAAUCAUGUAAUUCAAUAUGCAGAGACUCCUCAUUAUGAAACCCGUAAUUCCUUGGCACUUGUGAAACUAACUUAUUCUAAAUCAUCUCUUUAUAUGAAUUACUUUGCCUGUAAAUUUUCUAGACUCUGGAAUAACCUACCAGAACAUAUCCGUACGAUAAAAUCACUCCCAUUAUUUGUACGUUGCAUCGAUGCAUAUUGCUCCUCCGAAAAUGCAUUGAAUGCUCUAGCACCCUCAAGUGUAUCUCACUCCACAAGUGUUAUUAUAGGAACUUUAAAUGUUUAGGCAUUUUUAUUAGUGCAUUCUCUGGAUAAAACCACCGACUUGCUGUCACUUUAUGUUAAUACCGUCCCCAGCUAGUUUAACUAAUUUGAAUAUCAUCAACAGUAUAUCACUGUGUCACAUGACAUACGCAUUUUGAUAGAUCUGUUUGACAUAUUUCGGUAAUUACUGCUUUGUUGUUCCGUGCUCUCUGUUUUCUUUUUAAUUUCUCUAGUUGUAGAUAUUUAUCAUUAAAUCGAUCUGGCACACGAAAUGACCUUAAUUACAUCGUUUAUAAAUCAACAGACAGUCCAGUUAAGAAAUAUUACAUGUUCCCGGCUGAUACAUUGGAUCGCUGUAAUACCCAAACAAUUACUGAGCUAGUAAACCUAAAACUCAUAACACAUGUUUGUUCUGUACAUAUAAUGAUAUUUAUAUCAAAUUGAUCAUGCCUGUAAACUGGCGUGAAUUCUGUAAUUAUAAUUUUUUCAGAAUAUAAAUUAUUAUUAUAGUUUAGCUAUCAUACUAAGGCAGUAUGCUAGUACUCAAAUUUGUAACUUUAUUAUUUAAACU